CGCGACAUAUUUUCCGAGCUUUAGACAAUAUUUGUGCGUCGACGGAUUAACACGUGCAAUUAGCGGUUCACUUGUGACUUUGGUGUUUCGAAAUCGGUCCAAAUUGCCGCGGAACAGUACUCAUCAUGGAGAGUGUGAACGCCUGUAGUUCAACGAAACUAAAAGUGAAAAACAACUUUAGUAUAGAGCACUUGUUAGCCAAACCUGACAACUGUAGAAUUCAAAGUGAGACACAAUCUGAUGGAAUUGGUGUUAAAUUAGUGUCAAAUGAACAAGAUAUUGUACAUGAUCACCAGGUUGAGAGGAGGUCAAUUAGUGAGCCGUUCCUGGAAGGUGUAACUUCGCCGGAUUCUAGCUGUAACGAAGAUAUGAUGGAUAACUGCAGUGAAACCGCGUCGGAGGAAAGCAGUGCAGGUACAAACGAUGACCGCAAAAAACGUCCAAGGACGGCCUUCUCCGCUGCUCAAAUCAAAGCACUUGAGACGGAAUUUGAACGCGGCAAAUAUCUGUCUGUGGCGAAAAGAACUGCACUGGCGAAAACUCUCCAACUAACAGAGACACAAAUCAAAAUCUGGUUCCAAAAUCGACGAACGAAAUGGAAGCGGAAGUAUACUGCCGACGUGGAACAGCUUGCAUCCCACUAUUACUCGCAGCUGGGAAUAGGAAACUUCGCCCGCCCCAUGGUUGUCGGUGAUCGUUUGUGGUUAUUCAGUCAAACUGCUACAGGACCUGCGCCCGUUCAAUCCCUGCUUCUGAACACGCCACCACAAAUGAACGCCGCCCACGCAGGAAUGCGACAGUUUCAACCAAUUCCACCCACUCAAACAGGAACACCAACGUUUGUGGGGCGUUCCAGCAACGGUUACGCUGUGAGCUAUCAUAACAAAGCACCGGUUCCCAACCCACAGGCGAAUUUUCUAAGCAGUUUUAAACCAAUGUCGUUCGAUGAGAGUGCAGCCUUCUACAAAAACCCGAUGGAAAUGAUGGAUAAUUAUUACAGUGCACCGAAGUUUGGUCCAACGGAACUCGUCGGUGGAGACCUCUCACCGGUUAGCACAGGCUCGGGAAUAGCAGAUCUGGAAAGAGCCUUCGGAAAUCCUAGCAGCUUGCUGGAAAGUCAGAUUACACAAACGGGAGAUGGUCCUCCAGGGCACCAAGUAACGGUCGAUUCCGAACCAAAGCAACACGACAAACCCUCGAAUGACUCGUGCAGUGAAAUAGAUUGUGAAGAAAUAGACGAAGAUGAUGUUGUGUGAUUACCAGUAGCAAGAGAAAACGUGAUUAUAUAAAUGUACUAGCUGACUCGGAAAACUUCGUCUUGCCCAAAAUUUAUUUUUCGUUAUCACAUCCACGUUUUCUUACUAAACGCACGUUCAUGGGUCCAAUCGCAGAACUGUUCAUUGAUUGAUCUUCUAAUCUACCCUUCAAAAUUAGUUUUUACUAUAAAAUUUCAGUACUUCUACUUCU